CGUCGCUUGGGUCGCUUGUAAUUCGUGAUUAUAGAAUAGUUCGUUCGAAAAUUGCGAAAAUAAUACCGUAAUAAAUUAGGAUUUUUAUUCCUUCUGAAUGACGGCCAAUUCCAUUGCUUCUAUUCGACAAUUAAUAGAAAAAUAAAACGAUGUCCCUUGAACUAUCGGCGCGUUUCGUGGAGCAGGACUACUGCCGUUUGUGUCUAUCUAGCAUCUACGAGCUUCACGCGCUCUUCCCCAAGGGACCGAACGAAUCGAACGUGAUCCUGAUGUCGAAGAUUAGCCUGCUGGCGGAAAUAAUUCUUAUCCCAACGGAGGAACUGAAUGCCAGAAUCUGCUCUCGCUGUAUGCAACAGCUGGAAGACUUCGACUCGUUUCGACGUCGCUGCAAGGAUAGCGAUAACCAGAUCCGGAAGAUUCGAGCAUUGCAGAAGUGGAAUGAUCCAUCUAGCGAAAUUGCGGUUGCGAGCAAGAAUACGCAACCGCAGGGACAAGAGCAAGUCAAAUUUGGUGGCAUAUUCGAUUUGAUGCUGUACAGUGAAUAUUACACGGCAGCGUUGGAGGAAUAUUAUAUGUUAUUCGAUGGAUGCGUUUAUCGGAAGGAAAGCUUACUAGUUUGGCGCUGUGAGUUGCCCAACUGCCCCUGUCAACUGUUGGUUGAAAAUAAUUUCAGCAAGUUCUGGAUCUAUGGAGCACACAACCAUGCUAAACUAACCAGCGACCAGAGAAAGUUUACCCAAAUGGAUCAACGUGUUUGUGCAUUUCUGAACAAACUACGGAAUCAGAUGGAUGGCAUAACUGAUGAGAUGCAAGACAAAACUGCACGGUCGAUCUGUGCCCAGCAAAAUUUAGUGUUGGAUCCACAGCAAACUGUCCCGUCAAAUUCGGAAUCAAGCGUAAUUCAGUACAGCACGGAAGGUGAUAAGCCAUCGAUCGUCGUCAAUUUUCACAGGUACUACAAGGAAGCGGUGAACAGCGACGUUAUUCCAUCCCAAAUCUACUGGCGAUGCAACGACAAAAACUGUCUCGGAAUGAUCUUAACAACGGCAGAUCUUCGUAGUUACAAGGUGUGCAAAGACCAUAACCAUGUUCCCAAAUCCGUGACCGAUAGGUCCUCUAUUCAGAUAGACUUUCCCGUAAGGGUGGCUGCCUUACCGAUGAACCACACGCAGCCUUCUGAAUCCACAACGGCUCACAUUCAAAGUCCGAAUGCAGAGGCAAGUACGUCAAGACCCAGCAAUGUUCCUAUCGCACCCAAAUCAACGUUUCCAGAAAGCACUCCUGUUCGUGUAAACGCAACAAAACAAGCCGAACCUAACGAUACAACUGCGUGUUCGAUUUCUAUGACAUUGCCCAAGAACCAAUCAUUGAUGGCGUUCUACAAAGAUAUCAAAAACUAUUACAUGUACCUUUUCCUCUUCUUGUACCAGAGAGAAGUCUGCUACAGCAGUCCGACCAAUUCGGAAGUACUUUGGAAGUGUAUGGUCACAAAAUGUCCUGGCACCAUGAUCGUUUUCCCAAGCCUUAAAUAUGCCCCAGGUUUAGCCCACAACCACGGACCUAUGAAUUGGCCAAUGGGCAAUCUGACCAAGGUACCCUCUGCAGAAGCUCUGACCAAACCAAUCAUCGUCUCGGAAAUCAGUUUCUACCGGUGUUCGACCAACGAGGGGAUUUGCUUGCUCUACAAGCAAUUCAUUUACAGCGUACUCUCGUUCCUUUCGACGGAUGCCAUCGCCUGGAAGUGUAGAAACAUUGGAUGCGAUGGCCAAUUACGGUCCGGGAUGCAGUUUGAGUAUUUAACAACUGUCAAGAACCACAAUCACGGGCCCGUGCUGGAGCUAACCGUUAACGUCGAAAGCUACCUGACAGUCCCCGACGCCUUGAUGGAGCUGAAAGCGCAAAACCUAGUCAAGCUUAACUGUCCACAGUUGCAAGACAAAAUCGAAAAGCGGAUCGCAGCCGAAUUGCGUUCGAAACGCAACAAGAAUAGUCUCAAGAAACGCAGGAAGUCAACAUGGUGUUGAUUCUUAUUCUUUACUUUUGUUAUCGUUCCUUUUGACUUUUUUUUUCCAGCU